UGGCUUUGAAGGGUUUAUCUGAAGCCUUUUGAUGAAAUUUCAACUCUAUGAAUGAAAGUAGCUUUGCAGAGCCCAAUCAUUUGCCCUUUAUCAAACUGCACUGAGCACAAAGAGAAAACCGACAUGCAAAGGUCAACAGGACUGGGAACAGGUAAAGCCCCUGCUGCCAUUCUGACUGUGAGCAGAAGGGACUUAUGGGGAAGAACUACCCAGAAGAUCCUCCAUGAGGAGACCAUCAGCUCAGAUGCUCAGCGCCGGCACUUCAGGAAUUUCUGCUACCAGAAGUCCAAGGGACCCAGAGAAGUUUGCAGCCAACUCCACCAGCUUUGCCAUCAGUGGCUGAAGCCAGAAAGGAGCACCAAAGCUCAAGUGGUGGACCUGGUGGUCCUGGAACAGUUCCUGACCGUCCUGCCCCCAGAGAUGGAGAGCUGGGUGAGAGAAUGUGGAGCAGAGACCUGUUCUCAGGCGGUGGCCCUGGCUGAAGGCUUCCUGCUGAGCCAAGUGGAGGAUGAGGAGGUGGAAAAGAAGCAGAGCUCUGUCUCCUUUGAGGAGGUAGCUGUGUAUUUCACAGAGGAGGAGUGGGCGCUGCUGAAUUCCAACCAAAGACUCUUGCAUACAGAAAUCAUGUUGGAAAAUUUUCAGAAUGUGGCCACUCUGGGGGAGAAGCUGUAUAAAGACAAGGAAUGUGGAAAGGCUUUGAAGUAUACCAGUCAUUUUACUUCCCAUAAUAGGAUCCACACAGGGAAGAAACCAUAUGAAUGCUCUGAGUGCAGAAAAGGUUUUUCUAAGAAAUUGCUCCAUAUUUUACACCAAAAAAAUCAUGUAAGAGAGAAGCUGUAUAAAUGCCUUGAUUGUGAGAAGAGCUUCAGGCGCAGCAGUCACCUCACUUCCCAUAGAAGGAUCCAUACUGGGGAGAAACCCUAUAAAUGCCUGGACUGUGGAAAGAGCUUCAAUAGCAGUGCUCAUCUUAAUCGCCAUAAAAGGAUCCAUACAGGGGAGAAACCAUAUAUCUGUGUGGUGUGUGGAAAGCAAUUCAGUCAGAGCGGUCACCUAGCAAAACAUAAAAGCAUCCAUGCAAGGGAGAAACCCUGUAAGUGUACAGAGUGUGGUAAAAACUUUAGUGACAGGGGUAGUUUUAUGAAACAUGAAAGGAUGCAUAGAGGAGAGAAACCAUAUAAAUGCACAGAGUGUGGAAAGAACUUCACUCAGAGAAAUAACCUUAUGAAGCAUGAAAGAAUUCACACAGGAGAAAAACAGUACAAUUGUCUGGAGUGCGGAAAGAGCUUCAGCGAGAGCAGUAGCUUUACUUCCCAUGAAAGGGUGCAUAGAGGAGAGAAACCAUAUAAAUGUCUGGAGUGUGGAAAAAGUUUCAGUCAGAGCAGUCACCUUAUCAUACACAAAAGAAUCCACACAGGGGAGAAACCCUAUAAGUGCACAGAGUGUGGAAAGAGCUUUAGCCAGAGAGGUAGUUUUAUGAAACAUGAAAGAAUGCACACAGGAGAGAAACCAUAUGAAUGCACAGCAUGUGGAAAGAGCUUUAGUCACAACGGUGCUCUUACUUGCCAUGAAAGAGUCCACACAGGAGAAAAGCCAUAUAAAUGUGUGGUGUGUGGAAAGAAUUUUAGUCAGAACAGUCACCUUGUAAUACAUAAAAGAAUCCACACAGGAGAGAAACCAUACAGUUGCACAGAGUGUGGAAAGAGCUUUCGUCAUGACACUACUUUUACAUCUCAUAAAAGGAUUCACACGGGGGAGAAACCGUACAGUUGCAUAGAGUGUGGAAAGAAGUAUCGUCAGAACAGUGCUUUUAUCUCCCAUAAAAAGACCCAUAUUGAGGCCAAGGAGCCCCGGGAGCUUUGCAGCCAACUCUACAAACAUUGCUGUCAAUGGCUGAAGCCAGAAAGGAGCACCAAAGCUCAGGUGUUGGACCUGGUGGUCCUGGAGCAGUUCCUGGCCGUCCUACCCCGAGAGAUGGAGAGCUGGGUCAGGGAAUGUGGAGCGGAGACCUGUUCUCAGGCGGUGGCCCUGGCCGAAGGCUUCCUGCUGAGUCAGGCAGCAGACAAGGAGCUGGGACUGAAACAGGUACAAAAGUCAUUGAUGAAGGUGGUCUCAGAGCACCCUGAAGGAAGGGGAGAUCUCUCCAGUUCCUCCCAGGGGCAGCUCUUUGGGAAGAACUUCCAGGUGGCUCCAACUCUGUCUACCUCACCAUGGAAUGGAAAGAUUUCAAUGGAAAUAAGUGAAACAUCUUCUCUUUGGGGUGGAGCAGAAGCAGCAGCUGUGCCUCCAGCUCAGGGCUCCACGCCCUUUGCGGAGGUCGCCAUGAAUUUCACCAAGGAGGAGUGGACCCUGCUGGAUUCUGGCCAAAGAGACUUCUGCAGAGAAGUCACACUGGAGAUUUAUACGACUAUGACUGCUUUGGGUGAUGAGCAGGAGAAUGUGAUUUCUAAAGACGCAGGAGUAGUGCCCCUGCAAACAUCAACACAUCAAGUGGAAGAAGUCAUGUUUGGACAGUGUGGGCUGUCAAAGAGGCCAGAGAGAAGCCCAUCAGAGAAAUCCACUACUACUCUCAAUGUGGAAAUCCAUGACUUCCCAACCCAACAAGAUCAAAAAGGAAAAAGAAAGGGAAAAUAUCCAGGAUGUGACAAAACACAGAAAGAGAAAUCCAGAUUGAGUAAGCACUGUAGAACUGAGAUUAAAGGGAAACAUUUUGAAGGUAGGAAGCAUAGGAAAAAUAUCAGUCAUAACUUCUCUUUUUCACUACAUCAGAACCUACGUAAAAACCAGAAAACAUUUAUAAAAUGUAGGAAGAAUUUCAAUUUGAAAAAUCACCGUAAUUCCCACGAAGGGAUUCACAGAGAGGAGAAAUUAUGCAAAUGCAACAAGUGUGGAAAAGCUUUCAGUAAGAGAAUGCCGCUUAUUUUACAUCAAAGAACUCACGCAAGGGAGAAGUCGCAUGGUUUUGGUAGCUGCAGUAACCUUAUUUCUUGUGAGAAAAUCCACACUGGGAAGAAGUUAUACAAAUGUCUGGAGUGUGGAACAAACUUCAGUACAAGCCCUGCGCUUGCUUCCCAUCAAAGGAUCCACUGUGGGGAAAAACCAUAUAAAUCGACGGAGGGCGGGAAGAGUUUUAAUAUGAGCCCUGCCCUUGCUUCCAAUACAAGGGUGCACAGAGGAGAUCGGUCAUAUAAGUGCCUGGAGUGUGGAAAGAGCUUCAGUCAGAGCAGUCACCUUACUUGCCAUCAAAGGAUCCACACAGGGGAGAAACCUUAUAAAUGCGUGGAAUGUGGAGUUUGUUUUAAUCAAAACAGUGCCCUCACUUGCCAUAAAAGGAUGCACACAGGAGAGAAACCAUAUCAAUGUGUAGAAUGUGGAAAGAGCUUUCGCAGGGGCAGUAACCUUCGGGCACAUAAAAUGAUCCAUACAGGAGAGAUGCCAUAUAAAUGCUCAGAAUGUGGGAAAUGUUUCAGUUGUGGAGGUACCCUAAUGAGACAUAAAAUUAUUCACACAGGGAAAAAAGCCUAUAAAUGUUUGGUGUGUGGAAAGAGCUUCAGUUGGAGUAGUCAUCUUACUUCCCAUCAAAGGACCCACACAGGAGAGAAACCUUACAAGUGCAUGGCAUGUGGAAUGAGUUUCAGUCAGAACUGUGCCCUUACUUCCCAUAAAAGGAUCCAUACUGGAGAGAAACCAUAUAAGUGCACGGAGUGUGGAAAGAGCUUCCGCACAUGCAGUAAUAUUAUGGCCCACAAACUGAUACAUACAAAGGAGAAGCCACAUAAAUGCAUGGAAUGUGAUAAAAGUUUCAAACAUGGUAGUAGCCUUGUUAGACAUAAGAUUAUUCACAUGAGGAAAAAAACUAAGACUGCAGGGAAUGAGGAGGGAGCAGGGCACUUACUUCUUAUAUAA